GGCAGCGGGGAAAGGAUUCAGGGUUCUCCGACAGAGGAACAGUUGGCCAAGGGAGUCAGCUUUUCAAAGCUCCGCAGGUCCGACUUAAAUUCGUUAAAGAUGACACAGAAGAGCAGCGGCCUAAUGCGAAUGUGCAGCUUCCUUCUCUCAGUGAUCUUAUUUCUGCCACGCGAAAUGACAAGCUCUGUUUUAACUGUGAAUGGGAAAACCGAGAGCCACAUUCUGAACACUCAGCUGGGCUCCGAAGAAUCUCUGAGGUGUGCUGUUCAGAACCACACGGGGGAUGAAGGACUUCUCUGGUUCCGAGAAGGGGGGACAGUGGAUUUGAAGUCCGAAAACAAAAUCAAUUCCAGCGCCGUCUGUGUGACUUCCAUCAGUGAGGAUGACAAUGGAGUCACCUUUACCUGCAAGCUGCAGAGGGACCAGUCGGUGUCCAUCUCCGUGGUGCUGAACGUCUCUUUUCCUCCGCUCCUAAGUGGCAACGACUACCAAACAGUUGAGGAAGGCAGUGCCGUGAAGCUGGUUUGCAAUGUGAAAUCCAACCCGCAGGCUCGGAUGAUGUGGCACAGAAACGGCAGCAUCCUGACCUUGGAGAAAAACCACCACCAAGUCCAACAGACAAGUGAGUCUCUGCAGUUGUCAAUCACCAAAGUCAAGAAAUCUGACAACGGAACCUACAGCUGCUUUGCACAUUCACCUCUGGACAUAAAGACAAAGGACUUUCACCUCUUUGUCAAAGUGCUGCAUAAAGGGUGA